CCCGCACGGACGGAAUUCUGCAGACACUUUUAACUUCCGCUGUCCCCGAAAACCGCUGCCCUCAAAACUUUCCGAGAGGUUUAUUCCACGGAGAUUAAUCUGAAACGUAAAUGAGGUCACAAUACACAAUUUGUUAGAGUGGCGCUUAUAAACCAAAUGUUUGGAGAAAAUGAUGGCCAGUCUUAUGAGUUUAACCUUAGACACUGUGCGUUCUAAAAUAACACUGUUUAUAUCACAACAACAAAUAAAGGCUAAAUACAAAUUUUGAAUAAAAAACCCUUCUGCGAUGACCAAAAUAAAUAAAAAUCUUGUGCGAGACCAAGAAUGGUAAAUAAUUUGGCUAAACACUUCUCUGUUUGUCCCAUUGAAUUGAAUGGAAAUGAAUUAGCUACAAAAGCACUCUUAUACAACAUUUAUUUUAAUUAACACAGAAGAGAAAAAAUACUCAAGGGAACAACAGACAAAAGCCAUAUUUGAUUUUCAGAAAGAAAGGAACCAAGGACUUAUAUCAUUUUUCUAAUAAUUAAAGAUCAUGUAGCCUCUCUGGAGAAAAGAUGUUGACAUUAUCUUAAUGUUACAUAACUUCCACAGGGCUGCGCUGUAAUACUUAUUUUUGGGUCUAAUCUAUCAUGUGAGGUCUGGUGGCAAGCUAUUUCUUUUGUUUGAAUUCACAAGAUUUCGACAGUUAUGUUAAAUCCUGACUAUUUUAUACACCCCCCAACAACAACAAAAAAAGAAAUAAACUAAAAACAACACACACACACACACUGUAAAUAUUUUUAACAAUCCAGAAUCAAUCCUGGAAGGACCCACAAUGCUUUAAUUUUAUUGUGGUUAUUUAUAUGGCAUGUUAAAGUUAAAGCCAUCAUAUAUAAACUCCGGAAAACAAACAUUUCUCUGAUAGGUUAUUUGUUCCAGUUGAGCUGCAGCUGCCUGCUUCACCUGCCUCUGUUGGGGGAACAUUGGGCCAGGGAUUAUAAUCGGAGGAUUACACGCUACCGUGAAACUGUUAUCCUCCAUACAGGCACAGGUAAUCCAAUCACUGGUAACCUUCCAGCACAGCUCCGACAACUCAUUUCCUCUUGAAUCGCCGCGGAGUGAGGGCAGAAAACGGCGCUAUGAGGCCUCAGAGAAGAGCCAGGUGACAGAAUGCCGUUCAUUAUAAGGGGAAGACCCCUGAGGGGGGCACAGUAUGCCAGCAACAGAAGGACCACUCCCUCCACUGACACUUCUACGUUCUGGUCAGAAAGCCAAACUAGACUGCACCAGCUCCAACCACCCGAGCCCCUGCAGGCCCCGUCCAGCACCGGCAAACCCGUCGGCUCCUCUUCUGGCCUCCUUGGGGCCAACAGUGGUAUUCAGGGCCCCAGUGGCACUGGUUCUGGUGUCAGUCCGGUCCUUGCUUGGCAUGCUGCCAUUAGUGCUGCUCGCCAAGCACAGGGCGAUGGCGCAAAGCCUGACAUGAGUUCAAGGCCCUCAGUUUGCACCACUGGACCACCUCCUGUGGGCUCACUGGCCCAGAGGAAGAGGCAGCAGUAUGCCAAAAGCAAAAAGCAGGGAGGAUCUACCAACAGCAGACCACCCAGAGCUCUGUUCUGCCUCACCCUCAACAACCCCAUCCGCAGGGCUUGCAUCAGCCUGGUGGAGUGGAAACCAUUUGAUAUCUUUAUACUUCUGUCUAUUUUUGCCAACUGUGUGGCCUUAGCCAUCUACAUCCCCUUCCCUGGAGAUGACUCCAACUCUACCAACCAAGAGCUGGAAACGGUAGAAUAUGCCUUCCUGAUCAUUUUCACUAUAGAGACAUUUCUGAAGAUUAUUGCCUAUGGCCUGGUCAUGCACCAGAACUCCUAUGUCAGAAACGGCUGGAACAUGCUGGACUUUGUCAUCGUCAUAGUGGGGUUGUUCAGUGUGAUUCUGGAGAUGAUAACCAAAGAUGCUGACUCUGGUGGCCAGUCCGGAGGCAAACCUGGAGGGUUUGAUGUCAAGGCCCUCCGAGCCUUCCGCGUGCUCCGACCCCUUCGCCUUGUCUCUGGAGUUCCCAGUUUACAGGUGGUUUUAAACUCCAUUAUUAAAGCCAUGGUUCCUCUGCUUCACAUCGCUCUGCUGGUCCUCUUCGUCAUCAUCAUUUAUGCCGUCAUCGGCCUGGAGCUCUUCAUUGGCAAAAUGCAUGCUACAUGCUACGUGAUACAAACAGGUGCCCUUGCGGAGGAAGAGCCCACACCAUGUGCGGUAUCAGGGCACGGCCGUCAUUGCCUGCUCAAUGGUACAGUUUGCAGAGAGGGCUGGCAAGGCCCCAACAAUGGCAUCACCAACUUCGACAAUUUUUUGUUUGCUAUGCUCACUGUGUUCCAGUGUAUCACCAUGGAGGGCUGGACGGACGUUCUCUACUGGAUGAAUGAUGCAAUGGGCUUUGAGCUGCCGUGGAUCUACUUUGUCAGUCUGGUCAUCUUUGGAUCCUUCUUUGUUCUCAACUUGGUUUUGGGUGUGUUGAGCGGAGAGUUUUCCAAAGAGCGAGAGAAGGCCAAGGCUCGAGGAGAUUUCCAGAAGCUACGUGAGAAGCAGCAGUUAGAGGAAGACCUAAAGGGCUACCUGGACUGGAUCACCCAGGCUGAGGACAUCGACCCCGAGAACGAGGAGGAGGGAGACGAGGAGGGCAAGCGUAACCCGAGCAUGCCCACUAGUGAGACAGAGUCGGUGAACACAGAGAAUCACAACGGAGUGGAGGACAAGUCACCCUGCUGUGGACCUCUGUGUCAAAAAAUUACUAAGUCAAAGUGCAGUCGUCAGUGGCGACGCUGGAACCGUUUUUGCCGCAGGAAGUGUCGGGCAGCAGUGAAAUCAGUGACGUUUUAUUGGCUGGUCAUCAUCUUGGUGUUCCUCAACACCCUCACCAUUGCCUCUGAGCACUACAACCAGCCAGACUGGCUGACUGAAGUACAGGAUGUAGCCAACAAAGUUCUGCUGGCAAUGUUCACCUUGGAGAUGCUAGUGAAGAUGUACAGUUUGGGGCUGCAGGCCUACUUUGUGUCCCUGUUUAACCGCUUUGACUGUUUCGUGGUGUGUGGAGGCAUCAUAGAGACCAUACUGGUGGAGCUGGCCAUCAUGUCUCCACUGGGCAUCUCUGUUUUCCGCUGUGUGCGACUCCUCAGGAUCUUCAAGGUCACACGUCACUGGGCAUCUCUUAGUAACCUGGUGGCUUCUCUGCUCAACUCCAUGAAGUCCAUCGCCUCCCUAUUGCUGCUGCUCUUCCUCUUCAUCAUUAUCUUCUCCCUGCUCGGCAUGCAGCUUUUUGGGGGCAAGUUCAACUUUGACGAGACUGUAACUAAAAGGAGCACGUUUGACAACUUCCCCCAGGCCCUGCUCACUGUCUUCCAGAUCUUGACAGGAGAAGACUGGAAUACAGUGAUGUAUGAUGGUAUCAUGGCGUACGGUGGUCCAGCCUCGUCUGGAAUGGUGGUCUGCAUUUACUUCAUUAUCCUCUUCAUCUGUGGAAACUACAUCCUGCUAAACGUCUUCUUGGCUAUCGCUGUCGACAACCUGGCAGAUGCUGAGAGCCUCAACACAGCACAGAAGGAGGAAGAAGAGGCCAAGAAGAGAAAGAAUAGUGUCAAGGAUGCAAGCACAGAUAAGAGGGUUGAAAUGCUAGAAAGAAAGGAUGGAGAGACCAAGGUGACAACAGAGGGGCUGGAGGAAGACAAAGAGUCGUACCCUGCCAUCAACUCUUCAGCAUGUGAUGACGAUGACAAUAAUGACGAGUUCCCGGAAGUCCCUUCAGGGCCCCGUCCUCAGCGGCUGUCUGAACUCACCAUCAAAGAGAAGACUCCGCCCAUCCCAGCGGGCAGCGCAUUCUUCAUCUUCAGUAGCACCAACCCAUUUCGUGUAUUCUGCCAUAAGCUGAUCAACCAUCAGAUCUUCACCAACCUCAUCCUGGUCUUCAUCAUGCUCAGCUCAGUCUCUCUGGCCGCUGAGGAUCCUAUACGCAACUUCUCUGCUCGCAAUAUUAUACUUGGUUAUUUUGACUAUGCUUUCACCGCAAUCUUUACUGUUGAGAUCCUGUUGAAGAUGACAGCGUUUGGAGCGUUCCUACAUAAAGGGGCAUUCUGCAGAAACUACUUCAACCUUUUAGACUUGCUGGUUGUUGGUGUGUCUCUGGUCUCCUUCGGCAUUCAGUCCUCUGCUAUCUCGGUAGUGAAGAUUCUUCGUGUUUUGAGGGUCCUUCGUCCACUCAGGGCCAUCAACAGAGCCAAGGGACUGAAGCACGUGGUCCAGUGUGUGUUUGUGGCCAUCAGGACCAUCGGCAACAUCAUGAUCGUCACCACACUGCUUCAGUUCAUGUUUGCUUGUAUUGGAGUGCAGCUGUUCAAGGGCAAAUUUUAUCGCUGCACCGAUGAUGCCAAGUCCAGCCCAGAGGAAUGCAAAGGUACCUACAUUCUCUACAGCAACGGGGACACGGCGCUGCCCAUGGUGAAGGAGAGGAUCUGGUACAACAGUGACUUCAACUUUGACAACGUCCUUAUGGCCAUGAUGGCUCUCUUUACUGUCUCCACCUUCGAAGGAUGGCCCACUCUACUCUACAAGGCCAUCGACUCUAACAAAGAAAACAUGGGUCCCAUCUACAACUACCGCAUCGAGAUCUCCAUUUUCUUCAUCAUCUACAUCAUCAUCAUCGCCUUCUUCAUGAUGAACAUCUUUGUCGGUUUUGUUAUCGUCACCUUUCAGGAGCAGGGGGAGAAGGAGUACAAGAACUGCGAGUUGGACAAAAACCAGCGCCAGUGUGUGGAAUAUGCUCUUAAAGCUCGUCCUCUGCGGCGCUACAUCCCCAAAAACCCCUACCAGUACAAGUUCUGGUAUGUGGUCAACUCUACUGGCUUUGAGUACGUCAUGUUCGUCUUAAUCAUCCUCAACACUCUGUGUCUGGCCAUUCAGCACCAUGGUCAGUCUCAUCUGUUUAACUAUGCCAUGGACAUCCUCAACAUGGUCUUCACUGGGGUUUUCACAGUGGAGAUGAUCCUCAAGCUCAUUGCCUUCAAACCCAGAGGCUAUGUCGGGGACGCCUGGAACGUCUUCGAUGCUCUGGUGGUGUUUGGCAGUGUAGUCGACAUCAUACUCAGCCAGAACUAUUUUGCUGAUGCAUGGAACACGUUUGAUGCCUUAAUUGUUGUGGGUAGCGUGGUUGACAUUGCCAUCACUGAGAUCAAUAACACAGAGGACAGUGCUCGGAUCUCUAUCACCUUCUUUCGCCUGUUCAGAGUGAUGCGAUUGGUCAAACUGCUGAGCAGGGGAGAGGGCAUCAGAACUCUACUGUGGACCUUCAUCAAGUCCUUCCAGGCUCUUCCCUAUGUUGCACUCUUGAUAGCCAUGCUGUUCUUCAUCUAUGCUGUAAUUGGAAUGCAGGUGUUUGGGAAAAUAGCCAUGGUGGACGGAACACAAAUCAAUCGCAACAACAACUUUCAGACCUUUCCUCAAGCUGUCCUGAUGCUCUUCAGGUGUGCCACAGGGGAGGCUUGGCAGGAGAUCAUGCUGGCCUGUCUGCCCGGGAAGCUGUGCGAUUCAGAGUCAGACUACAACCCCGGAGAGGAGAGAACCUGCGGCAGCGGCUUUGCCAUUAUCUACUUUAUCAGCUUUUACAUGCUCUGUGCUUUUCUGAUCAUCAACCUCUUUGUAGCUGUCAUCAUGGAUAACUUUGACUAUCUGACCCGUGAUUGGUCAAUUCUUGGGCCACAUCACCUGGAUGAGUUUAAAAGGAUCUGGUCUGAAUACGACCCUGAAGCCAAGGGCAGGAUAAAGCACCUUGAUGUGGUGACUCUUCUGAGGAGGAUCCAGCCUCCCCUGGGCUUUGGCAAGCUCUGCCCUCACAGAGUAGCCUGUAAGCGUCUGGUGGCGAUGAACAUGCCCCUGAACAGUGACGGGACUGUCAUGUUUAAUGCCACCUUGUUUGCUCUGGUCCGCACUGCUCUCAAGAUUAAGACUGAGGGUAACCUGGAGCAAGCCAAUGAGGAGCUUAGAGCUGUGAUCAAGAAGAUCUGGAAGAGGACCAGCAUGAAGCUUCUGGACCAAGUAGUGCCCCCUGCAGGCGAUGACGAGGUAACAGUGGGGAAGUUCUAUGCCACCUUCCUGAUACAGGACUACUUUAGGAAGUUCAAGAGGCGCAAAGAGCAAGGUCUUGUAGGAAGGCACUCAUGGGAGAGGCUGAACACCACCAUGGCUCUACAGGCUGGCCUGCGCACGCUGCAUGACAUUGGACCAGAAAUCCGUCGAGCCAUAUCAUGUGAUCUGCAACAGGAGGGGCUAGUGGAUGCUAAUGGAGAAGAAGAAGAGGAAAUCUACAGGCGCAAUGGUGGCCUUUUUGGGAACCAUGUCAACCAUGUCAGUGCAGAUAAGCAAGGCCACUCCUAUCUGACCACUGUCACCCAACGGCCGCUACAGAUCCUGCCCUUCUCCCGCACUGCCUCACUCGAACCCACCCAAACCGACGGGAGAGCCAGUGACGACGACAAAGGAGGGGAGACAGAGAUGAACUCUUCACCUAUCCAAUAUAAUCAUCAUUAUCACACCUCGUAUCCAUAUAGUUAUCCUCACUGUAUUUCCACUUGCCAUCAGUCGCCAAUACCCUCCAAUGCCAACCUCAACAAUGCCAACGUGCCCUCACUUCUCUCCAUGAACAAUGGGAGACAGCAGAAGUGUUUGUUAAGGCGAGACCGCUUGUCCUCUGCCAAAAAUGGAUCAUCAGUGUCUACUUACAGCAAAGGAGUCCACGACAAGCCUUGGAAGUCACAUUCCACAAGGACACGCUACUAUGAAGCCUAUAUUAGAUCAGAAAGCAGUGGUGGACUCUACCCCACGAUUCGUCGAGAGGGGCUAGGAGGCGGGGACAGCGAUGACGAGCAGGGCUCAGGAGAGUACUACAGUGGGGAGGAGUUUCAUGAAGAUGACAUCAUGCUCACACGAGACAGGUUGUCCAAUAGGGACCAGCUCGAUGCAGAGGGAGACUUUGACUUUGAGGCUCCCCGGAGCGACCACCAGCCUGAUGCUUAUAACGACGAUGACCAGCAGCCAAUCUACCAAGAUGGCAGGCGGUCGCCCAGGAGAUGGUUUUUACCCUCACCGCAAGCCUCCAGCAGGCCAACGUUCAGUUUUGAAUGUCUUCGCAGAAGAAGUAGUCAGGAUGAGACUCCUCCCUCUCCUUCCUGCACAGCUCUUCCUCUACACUUAGUGCAGCAACAGGUGAUGGCGGUGGCUGGUCUGGAUGCCGGCAGAAUCCACCACCUGUCUCCUGCACGGUCACUUCGAUCCUGGGCCACGCCUCCUGCCUCACCCAUCAGCCGCGACUGCUCGCCCUGCUACACACCACUGAUACAGGUGGACUGGCGAAGUUCGGGCAGUGUUGGCAGCAUCCCCACAGCAGUGAGAAGGAGUUUGUGGUAUACAGAAGGCCAGGAUGGUCCUCCCACCCGCAGCCACUCUCCGUCACGUCUUCGGCUACCUGCAGAGAGCAGCUCCCACUUUCUGCAGAAGAGGGGCAGCGCCAACAGUCUGGUGGAGGCUGUGUUGAUCUCUGAGGGUCUGGGGAAAUACGCCAGGGACCCUAAAUUUGUGUCAGCAACCAAACAUGAAAUUGCCAGUGCCUGUGAGAUGACCAUCGACGAGAUGGACAGCGCUGCCAGUAACCUGCUGAAUGGCAGAAUGGAUAACGGAAACACUGGGGGAACGGGGAACACCAGCUCACAGGCCACUGCGCACCUCAGAGACCACAGUAUCCGUGACUACAGCGACGAGGAGCCGUAUGUGGCUGUAAAAUGUGAGGAGGACCUAACAGACGAGAUGAUAUGCAUCACAUCGCUAUAGCAGCGACUCACACUGGAUUAUUUAGGUUUUUUCAAUUGAACUUUUCCACGGUGAGGGGGAUGUCUCUGUUCAGGUGCAUCUUGCAGACAGAAAUAUAAAACAUGGAUGGAUAAGAGCACAAAGUGCCUUGUUUUCUCCUUCUGUGGAAUGGAGAAUGGAAAGGAAUGGAUUUAUGGAAGAUACUUUCAGCAAAUAUUGAAAUCAGAUGGAGUUAAUCUGCCUGCCAGCCUGCGUGUCAUUUAGCAGGAAUUUGGGAUACUCCCAAGAGGUUGUUUUCUAUUUUCUUUAUUAUUGGCAGUGGUUUGGUAUAGCAGAACAGCCUGACAGCUGCACGAAGCCCAAGGCUUGUGAUUUUAGUUUUUCCAACAAGAUCCACUGAUGAUCAAGUCCAGCAGCUGAAAGCUGGACAUUUUGGUAAAAUGGGGAGUUGAUAUGGAGCAAUGAUAAUAUGAAGGUGUGCACUCUGCAGGUGCUUGAAUAUUCAUAUGUUUUUAUUGUUUUGACUCUGUUUGGAUUUGAAAAGAAGUAAAAACAUCGGUGGCUUUAACUCGAGGGUGUUUGCAACCACAUUAGGUGAACAGUGUUAUGACUGUUCUGUGGUGCUGUCCCACGCUGUUCACUCACUAUGAAGAGCCAGUAACACAGAAAAGGCGAUACCGUUCUAAACACAUGCAGAUUGCACUGUAAGAAAACCAUCCUGCACCACAUCUAUUCAGACACUGGUUCUAUUGAAAACAUUUACAAGAGAUUUGACAUUUACAAAACAUCACUCAAGUUCUCCAGUGUGAAAGUGACAGACCAGUGAGUAGAGCAGUCUGUUGGAGUGAUGGAGGAGUGAGUGAAGCUGGCUUUGCAAAGUUGUAUUUGUCCUGCUGCUGCUGCUGCUGUUGUUGGCUGUCCAAUGAUUCCAAGAUUCAGAUGAGUUUCAUUUCAUAUGUAUGUAUAAUCUAAGACUUUGACCUUUAGUGGUCAUAAUAACAGACACAGUUUUGAUCUGCCGCUAUUUACAUUACAUUUUGGCCUCCAUGACACAAAUAAGAAAAAUAAAACAUGAUGAAAGUGUGGGAGUUGUACUAGGUGUGAAUCUGGGAACUGCUCUGGGUUCACAGGUGGGGCUUUCAGGGUUAAACACCUCUUGUCUCAGUACUUGACUUGAAAAGGAAAUCACAUAUCAAGAAAAAAAAGACUUUGUCCUCAGGCAUAUCCUUCAGUUUCAUGUGUACUCUGAUAUGACACAGAGACACAUACUUUAAGUUCUUACCAACAAUAGAGACACUAAACUUAAAUUAAUUGAUUACUUUACCUUGAAAGUGAAGGAAAAUUUCAGAUGACACCACACUGUCACAGACUCGUUUCCACAGUCCUUAUCAAGACUGUGAGGAAGAGACCAUUUCAUUGUUACAGACUCAGUCAGGAUAUGCAAUGAUUCACUUAACUCAGUUCUGAAAAUAAGACAAACUGCCUGAGUGUGCACUGAGAAAAUGAUAACUAUAUACUAUAAAGGAAAUCUUUUUAUCUCUGUAUGACACACUCACAGCACAGCAAUUUUGUGAAACCCUGAGUGAGACUGUAAUGAGUAAUACCUUUAAAUAUCAUGUGACAAAAAGGUUCCUUGUGACAAAAGCACAAAAUCAUCCCAAUAGAAUCAUCUGUUUGUUAUGAGUCACUUUUAACCCAACCUUUUUUUUUUCACCAAGCUUUGCUUUCGGGCCACUUUAGUUCUGUGAAUUCCACUUCACAUUUGGUUUUCAGUAACGUGGAAUUUCUCUCAGGCUUGCUGCAUGAGUCAGAUGAAGUCAGUGGAUCUUGAACACAAAGGUCUGACACAUAUUCACUGUUUGUCAUCCUCUACAUAUUUUAUAUUUGAAUCAGAAAGGGGAAACUAUUUUUUUCAGAAUUGCCUGACGAUAUAAAUUCAGUAUAAGGUCACUGGGUGUAUAUAAUGUUUCUGAAAUGAAAUGAUUGAUGCUUUUAUGUGUAGGAGUUCUUUUUGUUUCAGCACCAGUUUAAGGGCACUAGAUGUCUAAAACAGCUGCUGUCUGCUGGAGGAAGAGCUUCACCACCUGCUCGUAGAUAAAAACGCCGAGGAGAGGUAACAUCUCUCACCUGCUCCACCAAUAACCAGUGUUUGUCCAUCACUGCCAACUCUAAUAAGGUCUUCAGGUCAGCUUUUACAAACCAACACUGGCUCGGGGGAAAUCCUGUUAUUAUUUUCCUCAAUUGAAAUACUGUUGUCAGGGCAACAUAUGUUUUGUGCAAUCAAAGGGCUCCUCGAGAUGUAAAACCAAAAAAAGGGAUCAUAAUUAAUCAUUUUUUUCCAUCUUUAUGUUACUGUUGAAGGGUAUACCAUUUCUUGUGUACAAUUAAUGACAAAAACUAUACUGAAAAGGUUGUUGUGUUUCCCACAUACAAAUAAUACAGAUAUAAAGAUUAGUUUAACCUACAGCAGGAUAUGAGCUGGUAUCUGGAAUAUGUACUGUAAAUGCACUCAUUCCUUCUUCUCUAUAGAAGAUUGACAUAUACCGGUUUUAAUGGCCAAUACAGUAGAUAAAUAUGAAUAUAAAUAGAUAAAUAUGCAUUUUCUACUGCAUGAAAAUUGUGUAAGACUUUCAACAAAUGUUAUUACCUCUUUAACUAUCCUGGUGCAUUAUUUAGGGUAUCAGGGAGACUGAGGCAAUUGCUGUAUCUGCGCAAAAUGAAAAAAAAAGAUAUUUAAAGUAGUAGUAAUGUCAAACAUUUUCAUGUAAGUAUUUUUCUUCAGUGCUAAAUCUGAUUGUUAAUAAAAGUUAUGAUCACACCUCCAAAAACUGAGUUGUGCUGGAAUGUGCCAAACUAAAUCUGGACAACCAGCUUCAGAAAAGAAUAAUCACAAAAUUACCACUUUAAAAAUCUCUUCAUUGUGUGUAAAUACAGCCAGAGUUUCAGUUUUACUGUUCUGGAGUCUAAUGACCUUUUUAAAGAUAUUUUAGAGCAUUUCAGAAGCCAUAUUACACACAUGCUGUAAGCAGAAAUUGGUAUAUUUGCUGCAUAUCUCACACUUCUGAGCAGGCGAGCAGCCGAUUAAGCAACCCGCAGGACACAGGGCUGCCGUGUCUUGUACAGUCAGAUGGACUCUGCUUGUUGUGGGGAUCAGACCUGUGAUGGUUUCUCUGAACACCAGGCCCUCUGUUUGAGUUGGCCAUGUUUUCCUCAGCUUGUACAGAAGCAUUCAUCUGAUGUUCAUGGUGGCAUUUACACAUUAAUGAGGGACAGAUACCAAUUACUAAAUCAACACCACAUUUUUUAGUAUGAAUGAAUUAGUCAUUUCUUUUAGUCAAGAUUGGCCAACAUUGCAUGACUUUAGGAGUUACAACAUCAGAAACAAUAAUCAUCUGUGGGUAAGUUACAGGGCAAUUAUCCUAGUACAUUUGAAUUUAAACUUUUAUAAAAAGAAGAAAUAGUAAAAAACCCACAAAGCUUUGUUGUGCAACUUACAGCUUUAUUUUUUGUACCGUUUCACUGCUUUACAGAUUAAAUGAAAACUAUGUAUGUAUAAAAUCUGUACAGUGUUCAUAAAAAGUAAGUGAUGAACUUGAA